UUCUUUCGUCCCACUCCUCCGCUGGGUCACCCCUCAUCUUCGUCGUCGCCGUUUGCUGCACAGCCCAUUGAAGACCCUCGUCGCACGUCGCAGCCAGGUUCGGUCAGCGAUUGAAGACCCUCCUCGCUCGUCGCAGCCAGGUUCGCUCAGCCGGUUGAAGACCAGCUCCACUCGUUAGGGUUCUGGAACUAGAUGGUUUCCUUCAAUGUUCCCUACAAUCCAGAUGGCUGGGGUCCGCCGGAGGCGCCGGUGCCACUGGAGAGUCACCACCUCCAACAUGCACCCUAUGCUCCUUUCUCCAAGGCAGACAAGCUCGGCCGCAUAGCCGAUUGGACCCGUAAUCCCUUCCCCUCAAGGCCCUCUGGUCGUGGUGGUGCCGAUGCUUCGGUCUUCGACCUCGCCUUCGGCGAUGAAUCUUUGGGUGCUGCAGAUGAUGAUUCAUCCUUCCGUCUCGUUGAUGGGCGGCCUGCCCCGCGUCACCCACGCUUUGGACCGCGAUGGCGGUUCCAGCAGCAGCGACAGCUUCCCCAACGCAAGGACGAGGAGGUGGAGGCACGGCGCCGUGAGGCCGAGAAGGAGCGGCAGCGCCGCGACCGCCUCUACAACCAGAAUCGUGCAGGAGCCGGACAGCGCCGUGAGGCGGCUGCCUUUCGCUCUUCUGUCGACAUCCAGCCCGAGUGGGCCAUGCUGGAUCAGAUCCCUUUCUCUACUUUCUCAAAGUUGAGCUAUGCUGUCGGGGAGCCGGAGGACCUUGUUGCCUGCGGCGCUGUGGAGUUUUACGACCGCACCUAUGAUCGGGUGAACCCCAAGGGCGAUCGGAAACUUGAGCGGUUCAAGAAUAGGACCUUCUUCAAGGUGACCACCACUGACGAUCCGGUGAUCCGGCGCCUUGCGAACGAGGACAAGGCCACCGUCUUUGCUACUGAUACCAUCCUUGCGGCCCUUAUGUGCUGUCCUCGCUCUGUCUAUUCUUGGGAUAUUGUCGUGCAGAGGGUCGGCAACAAGCUGUUUUUCGACAAGCGAGAUGGAUCACAGCUUGAUCUCCUCUCCGUCAAUGAGACAUCUCAGGAACCGCUUCCAGAAGCUAAAGAGGACAUUAACUCUGCAUACUCACUCAGUGUUGAGGCUGCAUAUGUGAACCAGAACUUCUCCCAGCAAGUUCUUGUGCGUGAUGGUAAUCGGAUUGCUUUUGAGGAGCCAAAUCCUUUUGCCAGCGAGAGUGAGGAGCCGGCAUCUGUUGCAUAUCGAUACCGUCGGUGGAAGCUUGAUGAGAACAUCUCACUUGUUGCUCGUUGCGAGGUUCAUGGUGCCAUGGUGGACACCAAGGGUGGUAGGUCCCUGCUCACAAUCAAUGCACUGAAUGAGUUUGAUCCGAAGUACUCCGGUGUUGAUUGGAGGCAGAAGCUUGAGACACAAAGGGGAGCCGUUCUUGCAACCGAGCUCAAAAACAAUGCUAACAAACUUGCACGGUGGACAGCACAAGCACUACUUUCAGGUGCUGAUGUAAUGAAGCUCGGCUAUGUCUCGAGGGCACACCCUCGUGACCAUUUCAAUCAUGUCAUCCUCAGUGUGCAAGGGUACAAGCCAAGGGAAUUUGCGAUGCAGAUCAAUUUGAACACUUCUAAUAUGUGGGGGAUUGUCAAGUCAAUUGUCGAUCUUUGUUUAAAGCUCAAUGAAGGGAAGUAUGUGCUUGUGAAAGACCCAGCGAAGCCACAGGUGAGAAUAUACGAGGUGCCUGCUGAUGCAUUUGAGAACGAUUAUGUUGAGGAGCCGUUGCCUGAGGAGGAGCAAGUUCAGCCUCCCACAGAGGAGGAGAGUACUGCCACCGCUGCUGCAGUUGCUGCUAGCAAGGAUGCUGAAGAGAAGGAUGCUGAUGUUUGAGUAAUUUUGCGAUCAGUCUUCUAUAUAUUUUCUUGAGUUUAUUCAUCCUACAGAUUUUUGGUAGCUCAUCAUUUUACGUGAAGUUGGAUCUUGUUGCAAUUCGUCUCUGCUUACCUCUUUCUUUCUUGUUGCAUUUAGGAAACGAGGUGAACUCUUGAAAAGGACCGACUUAUUUAUGGCUUA